AUGAACAGGAGGUCUCUCGUCCUCCGUCGCUUACUCGGUUCCCGUGCAACGCCGCAUCAUCUGUUCGAGGAAAUCCCCCACAGAAGCCCUCUUUCUCCUCCUCCCGCCGCCGAGCUCAAUGCGUUGCUGUUUGGGUACUCGCGAGACGGCGAGCUGCGACAAGUCCUCGGACUCUUCGCGCAGAUCUUUCGGUCCGGUGGGGCGGCGGACGAGUCGACCUUCUCCUGCACGCUGAAAGCCUGCGGCUGCGCAGGCGAUGCGGCCCUCGGGAGGCAGCUCCACGGCUGCAGCGCCAAGCGAGGGCUCGGCGAGCAUGUCAGCGUCGGGACCUCUCUGGUGGACAUGUACAUGAAGCUCGGAGCGGUGGAAGAAGGGAGGAGGGUGUUUGAUUCGAUGCCCAAGAGGAACGUGGUGUCUUGGAGCUCGUUGCUCACUGGGUACACGCAGAACGGGCAGCAGGGGGUUGUGCUGGAGAUUUUCGGCCGGAUGAUGGAGGAGGGGGUUAAGCCCAAUCCCUACACCUUCGCCAGCGUCCUCACGGCCUCAUCUGGGCUGCAAGCCGUGGAGACGGGGCUGAAAGCUCACGGACUGGUGAUCAGAUUCGGGUUUGAAGCUGCUGUCUUUGUCUGCAAUUCUCUGGUGAACAUGUACUCGAAAUGUGGGUUGACUGCGGACGCGAGGAAGGUGUUCGACAAUAUGGGUGAAAUAGACUCCGUGUCGUGGAACGCCAUGGUUGCUGGUCUCGUGCAGAACGAGCUCGAUCGAGAGGCGCUCGAGUUGUUUCGCCAGAUGAGGGCGGAGGGGGCGAGCCUGACUCAGCUGAGCUUCGCCGCCGUGAUGAAGGCCUGCGCUGGUGUUGGCGAGUUGGGCUUCGGCCGCCAGCUCCACUGCUGCGCCAUGAAGAAGGGUUUUGCGUCGGACGGGAACAUCGGGACGGCUCUCACGGUGGUCUACUGCAAGUCCGGCGAGAUGGACGAGGGUUUCAGGGUGUUCUCGACGAUGGGUCCGAGCAGAAACGUCGUUUCCUGGACGGCGAUCAUCUGUGGGUACCUGACCAACGGGAGACCGGAUCAGGCGGCGGCCAUCUUCCUCCAGAUGAGAAGAGAGGACGCCAUGCCGAACGAAUUCACCUUCUCGGCCAUGUUGACGGCUUCCCCUCUCGUCUCCCCGCUCCAGAUCCAUGCCCAGGCCAUAAAAUCCGGCCACGAGACCUCUCCCUCCGUGGGCACGGCCCUGAUGAGCGCCUACACCAACCUGGGCCUCACCGGCGAGGCUCUGUCCGCCUUCAGGGGGAUCGAGGACAAGGACAUCGUCGCGUGGUCUGCCAUGCUCGCGGCCUACGCCCAGGUGGGAGACUCGGAGGCAGCGGUGAGGCUCUUCUGCGAGAUGACGAGGCGGCGAGUGAGUCCCAACGAGUUCACCAUGUCCAGCGUCAUCGACUCCUGCUCCGGCCCUUCGGCCGCCGUCGACCAAGGGAAGCAGUUCCACGGCGUCUCCAUCAAACUGGGGCUGGAGGAGGCCAUCUGCGUGAGCAGCGCUCUGGUCACCAUGUACUCGAAGAAGGGCAGCAUAGAGAGCGCCUACGGCGUCUUCAGCCGGCAGCGGGAGAGAGACCUGAUCUCCUGGAACUCCAUGGUCUGCGGCUACGCCCAGCACGGCUACGGGAGCAAGUCUCUGCAACUCUUCACGGAGAUGCAGUCCCUGGGCUUGGAACCGGACGGCGUCACCUUCAUCGGCGUGAUCACGGCCUGCACCCACGCCGGCCUGGUCGACGAUGGGAGGCGAUUCUUCGAUUCCAUGCUCGACCCUCCCCACCCGAUCACUCCCACGGAGGAGCACUACGCCUGCAUGGUGGACCUCUACAGCCGCGCGGGCAGGUUCGCGGAGGCCAUGGAAAUGGUGAGGAAGAUGCCUUCACCGGCGGGGGCCACCGUGUGGCGGACCCUCCUCGGCGCGUGCCGAGUGCACAAGAACCUCGCGCUGGGGCGGCUAGCGGCGGAGCGGCUCCUCUCCCUCGAGCCGGAGCAUUCCGCCGCCUACGUCCUUCUGUCGAACAUCUACGCGGCGGCGGGGAGAUGGGAGGACCGAGCGGCGGUGCGGCGGCUGAUGGAGGCGAAGGGGGUGAAGAAGGAGGCCGCGUGGAGCUGGAUCGAGGUGAAGAAGAAGGUCCACUCCUUCCUGGCCGGCGACCGAUCGCACCCCUUCUCCGAGCGGCUGUACGAGCGGCUGGAGGAGCUACUGAGCAAGCUGAGAGCGGCGGGGCACCGGCCGGACACGGGUUUCGUGCUGCACGACGUGGAGGAGGAGCAGAAGGAGGGCAUGGUGGGGGAGCACAGCGAGAAGCUGGCCCUCGCUUUCGGGCUCAUGGCCACCCCGCAGGGAGCCCCUCUGCAGGUCGUCAAGAACCUCCGCGUCUGCGGCGACUGCCACGCUGUGUUCAAGCUCGCGUCGGCCGCGGAAGGGAGGGCCAUCGUCCUCCGAGACUCCACCCGGUUCCACCACUUCAGGGACGGGAGCUGCUCCUGCGGGGACUACUGGUGA